AUGCCCAUGGAUGCUGAUGAUGUGUUACUACUGUUCUGCAGUCUCUCUCGGAGCCACGGGAUGAAAGUUGUUGUUAAACACUGUGGUCGAGGAACCCUGCUGGCAGGUGCAACAGCAUUUAUUGGUGGUCUGAUGGGAGGUCCACCUGGAAUCCUUCUAGGAGGAGCAGUUGGUGGAUUGUGUGGUGCCUUGAUGAAUACCAAAGAGUUAAAGCCGGUCGCUGACAUUUUAAUGAAAUUGCCUCCCAAUGAGAAAAAGAUACUCUCUGAUGAAGCCUUCGUUAUUCUCAGGCACUUACACUGGAACGUUUUUCUUGAACUGCUUUGUCUGGUAAAAGAAGAUCCUACUCUUGAGCAGAAGUUGAUAGACAUACUGGAAAAGUACCUCUGCAAACAGCUAAGAGCAGAGAUACAGUAUGGAGAAUAA